AUGACAAACAUCAUCGAUAUCCGCGAUGAGUGCCAAAGCCAAAACUUACGGCGAGUCCUCGAGGAUUCACUUCUAUCUCAGCAACCAUCCAUACCACCUCUGCUGCUUUGGGACGAGCAAGGUAUGGAGCUUUUUUCCAAAAUGACAGAGAAGGGGUCGACAAACAGCUAUGGCUCAUCUGCAGAGAUGGAGGUAUUGUCUGCCCAUGUUGAUGAUAUCAGCAAGAUCUGCGAUGAUGGUGGUAUCUUGAUCGACCUAGGAGCAGGCUCGCUCCACAAGUCUAGCUUCGUCGUCAAACAUCUUGCGGCCAGAAACGGUCGUGUUCAGUUCUACGCCCUUGAUAUCUCGCCCGAAUACCUGCAGAAAAGCCUGGAUAGUUGCACUCCGCAGAUGCAGCAGCUCGGUGUCCAGAGUGUUGGACUUGCGGGGACAUUCAAAGAUCUCAUUUCCUGGCUUUAUUCCAAUGGGCAUACUUUCACGAAACCUGUCACGUACCUCUGGUUAGGAAAUAGCAUGGCAAAUCUUUCCAUUGGUGAAGUCGCGACCACUCUACAGCAGUUGAUAAUUGGACUUCCCUCGCGUAUUAGGGGUUCAACGAAAUUCAUCUUGGGUCUAGACGCAUGUAACGAUCACAAGGAGAUCAUUGAGUCAUACACUUCCAAACCUACCGAAUUAUGGGCAUUGAACGCUUUGAAACACGCCAAUUCACUGAUUGGAACACAGGUCUUCCGACUUGAUGAAUGGGAAUAUCAAGGGGAGUAUGAUGACAGUACCCGAUGCUUCACCGCCAGCUUUGUGGCUCGCAGGGACGUCGAAAUGCGUCUGAGAGGCAAAAUGCACCGCUUUACCGCUGGUCAGCCACUGAAACUUGCACACAGCUACAAGUGGAAUCGUGGUGACCUGGAGAGUUUGCUGGAAUCAACAAAUCUAGAAAUCACAAAUUGUUGGAAGCAUACUACCCCGUACUGUGAGCACUUUCCCCUUGAGUACCUAUCUCCUAAUAUAUUACCCGGCUAA